AUGUCUGAUCAUUCUGAAUUAAUUGAACGUUUUACCGCGUCUGUUUCUUGUGACGAACAACAAGCUCGAUUCUAUUUGGAAGCGAAUAACUGGGACCUCAAUGCUGCGGUAGAUAAUUAUUAUGAACAUGACGGAAAUGAUGUAGAAGGGGAAAAUGCUGAAGGCUCGUUCCAAGAAACACGAGUUCCUGCGCCUCAUGGCACAGCUUCUGGCUCAACACAAAAAAAAAAUUCCCAAUAUGCUACUUUGCGUGAUUAUGAUAAGGAGCAGUCGGAUGAAGAGGAAGAGGAAGAAGUGCGCGAAAAUCUAUUUGCCGGCGGUGAAAAAUCUGGAAUCUUCAUGCAAAAACCCGGCAAGCCAAGAUCAUUAGUUGAUGACAUUCUCAAAAAGGCAACUGAAGGUGGGCGUGGAUAUGUUGAAGAACCUGAAACUACACCAAUUCCAAGCACCUUUACUGGCACUGGUUACAAACUUGGAAGUGAUGAAGAGCCUUCAGUUGAAGUGAACUCAUCAGAACCUUCCACCGUUGAGCCACCCAGAACGGUUGUCCGUCAUUUGACAUUUUGGAGGGAUGGGUUUAGUAUUGAGGAUGGUCCCUUAAUGGCAUAUGAUGAUCCAGCAAACGAAGAAUUCCUUAAAGCUAUUAAUAAUGGACGUGCACCUUUGACUUGGCUAAAUGUAAGAUAUGAUCAACCAGUGGAUAUUCGUGUGGAACGUAGGCUGGAUGAGGACUAUAAACCACCACCUAAACAACCGAUCAAGCCAUUCUCAGGUUCCGCGCAAAGGCUCGGCAGUCCAACACCAACAGUUGCAACUAGUAGUACACCUGUUAUUGAUGAAUCACUACCGAUAACAUCCAUUCAAAUUCGUCUUGGUGAUGGAACGAGAAUGCUUGCUAGAUUCAAUCAUACUCAUACCGUUGCCGAUAUUCGAAAUUUUAUUAACGCUUCGAGAGUUGGAGAAGCAACACGCAACUACGUUUUACAGACAACAUUUCCAUCUAAGGAUCUUAAGGACGAAUUACAAACUUUGACAGAAGCAUCUCUUCUUAAUGCAGUAGUUGUGCAACGAUAUACCUAA